AUGCAGCGUCCUACGCUUCAAACGUUCUACUCCCUUCUCAUACCUAUCAUCUACCUCACAAUCCUACCAUAUUUUCCAAUACACACCGCCCGCAAUGUGUAUCUUACCCUACUACACCAAACCGACACACAAGCUGAUCUCAAGACCGUGCCAAACUCCGUACUGAUGGCCGCUCUACAAGAACGCGCAUGCGAAGAUAUCUUGAGAAUACGCGAAAUUCAGACCCGCAAAGGGCCACUGAACACGUUACUUCAGAGAGGCGUCGUGGGAGACGACAUAUGGCAGCGCCUGCUAAGAGCAGAGCAGGAAUUAGAGGCGGAACUCAAAGAUGUGCAGGCUGAAGCGAAUGCGCUUGCUCAGGGUUGGGGACAGACGAUCUUCCAGUCUGCUAAUGAGAUUGUCGUGAAUCGGAUGACGAAGCAGAAGAUCGAGGAGAAGCGAAGUACACUUGCAGAGGAGAAGGAGGCUUGGGAGAAAGUCAAGGAACAGAGUCGGUUGGAGCUGGAAGGUGCUGCAUCACAAAGCGACAAGGCCACUACCACUACGACAUCAGAGAAGACUCAGCCCAAGACUGCUGCCGUUACUGAGGGAAGUGAUGAGGACGCAGUCAUGGUAGAGAAAGACAAUUCUUCAGACUUGCCAUAUCCUACACCACCUCCAGACGGAGGAGUUACCGCAGGCACAAGUGGUGGAACUGGGAAGGCCAAGAAGAAGAAAGGGAAGAAAUGA